AGUUUGCUUCGUGUUUUCAAUAAAAUUAUUAUUAUUAGCGAUUUACACGAUGGAAACCAGGAAGCGUUUAUAUAAAACUACCAAUUUAGGUCUUACAAUGACUGAGAGAUUAAAAAAAGAUAAAGGCAGGCAAAAUGAACAGCGAAAUAAUCGAUUUGCUGCAAACAGAAAAAUUGAUGUCGACGAGGAUAAUUCUAUAACUACACCCGUUAAACCAGCACCAAUUAAGUUAUCACAAAUAAAAGAUAAGCCAGAGAAGUUGAAGGCAUACAUUGAACAGAAAAGAACUACUAAAUUAAGGGAAAAGGUGGAACAACGAAGCCCAUUCAUACCAUAUGUCCCCAGUGGACGAUGGAUUGAACGAAAAGAACCGCUGAAAAAGCCAAAAGCAUUCACUAUAUCAACUCCAAUCAAAAAUGCUUUGAUGAGUGACGGCAAAAUCUUUAAGAAAUCAACGAUCAAACAAAUAGCUACGACAGCACGAAAGGAGAAUGUUACAGCAUUUAAGAAAUCAAAGAAGGAAGAACCAGCUAAAUCUCGAAAGAAAAUCCUUACUGAGUUUAACAAUGCUCCACAAUUUGAGGAAAAAUUAACUGUUCAGCCACAACUAAACCUUGAUGAUACUUUUGAGAUCAUUCCUGAUCAACAAGACAAUUUAUUAAAUGAUGAUUCUGUAAUUGAAGUCAUAUCGCCUCAAAUAUUACCUUUGACAUUUUCUGAAAAUGUACAUCAUGAUGAAAAAUCUGAAGAUAUUAAAAGUGACGAGAAGGAUAUCGCAAUAACCGUAACUCCAGUUAAGAAGUUAUCUCCGAUUGUUGAGAAAAAGAUUGAAUUGCCAGAAAUAGUCAAUAAGGAUUUAAAUCGAAUAAACGAGAUGAAAAAGGAAGUUAAAAAGCAAACAGCCAAAAUUGUCGUUCCUGUUAAACGACCAAUUCGUGAAAAGAAACCUGCUAAAAGUGUGGAAUCAAAGCAAGUCAAUAAAAAUAAAAAAGUCCCUAAAAGCAAGUCCGUACAGGAACAAAUUACAGUCUCGCCUGUUCAAGAAGAAGUCAUCGUAAAUCCAGUUCCUAAAAAAGUUCAAUCAAGCACUUACAAGUUCUACAAAUCAUCUCUCGAUAAUCAAGUAGCUUACAUUUCUAUUCAGCUAAAGGCUUUUACUAACAAUUUGGACAGCUUCAUUAAUAAAUUGUCUGACGAUAUGCAAAGUAAUAUCCAUCAAACAAUUCAACAAGGACACUUAUUGAUUAAUGAAAAAAUGACAGGAUUCGGCGAUCUCCUUGAAAAAUUUGAGAAUGCUCCUGAGCCUAAAACUAUCACAGAUGACGAUAUUGAAAAUUAUUGGAUGAUGCUGUUUGAUCAGGUUGAGGCAUUUAAAAAUAAUUUGCAAUUGCUUAAAGAAGCUAAAUUAAUUGCUACUAAAGAUGAGAACAAAAGAAGAACCAGAAAGACUAUCCUUGAUACACCAACACGACGAUCACGUAGAAUUGCAGAAACAGGAGACACUCCAAGGCACAAUGCAGCCAGCUGCUUCGGAUGUACUCCAAUAUCAGCGUCAAAAGUCAACACACCCAAAUCAGCAAAGACUAGACGUACAGCAUUCAAAAAGAGCAUAGCGUUUGAUGAGUUAUCCAAAAAGUAAGUGAAGCAUUUUGUUUAUUUAUAGUGAAAAUUUUGCGAAACUUUAUAUUAGGCAUUAAGCUUUAGUUCAUUUUUGUGGGUCUCAUUACAAUACUAUUUUUUUACAUUCAUAUUUUAUAAGUUAAGCUAUUUUUUAUGUUCGCUAGUUUGAAAUAAAGAAACUCUGAAUAUCACUGCUGGAAAUAAGAUAGGACAAUAAUUAAAAAGUUCCAAC